CAACAAUGGUUGCUGCUGGCUAACGUUUGGAGAAGCGUUAAUUUCUUGUUUUCUACACGUUUUACCGAGUGAUCUAAUUGAUUUUGACGCAUAGAUGUAAUAAUUAGCAUCGUUAGUUAAUGAGACUCAAAAUGUGUUGUGUUUGUGCGUGUCCAUCAGAUAAAAGCUCUGAGAAAUAAUCUACUUGCUCAUUCCAUGCUCACUUGCCAUCGUGACUGUGUGUGAUUUAGUGAAAUUGUGAAUGUUUAACAUCGGAGAAAUGGCUGCGACGACGCCGCGGCGCUCAUCACGCAUCCCUCAUGCCCACACGCCGAAAAUGUCGGAAAGAAAGAAGGGGUUAUUCCAAGGCGACAUGGAGCCAACAAGGGAGUCUCUGACGACCCACCGGCGGCUCCCGGUCGUGGAUAGUGAGAGUGACAGCGAGGACUGCGACCUGGGCAUCAUCAGCACCCUGGACUCCAGCUCAGGAGACGAGACUGAGCAUGGCACGCCGAGGAAACCCAAUAGAAAUCUAUGGCCUGAAACAAGGAGCCAAACGAAAAGGUUCAAAGAGACCCAAGAUCUGAAGAACUUCAUCAAGUCUCCAUUCACACUAAAGAAGUACCAAACUCGGUACUCAUGCCCAGAAAAAUUCUCUGGUUCCAUAUCCACUCCGGCCACACCACACUUCCACAACCAUCCCGGCACACCGUCGUCCACCCAUUCAUGUAACAGUGUACACACUACCUCGUCUACCUCAAGCAGAGCCAGAAAAAGCCUUGCAAGCCUCAUCGCUGACACAGAAAGCUGUAGCAGCUCUCUGAAAGACCUCAACUUCGAUACCGACUCAGGAACUGACUCCAAGGAAAACACUCCAACGAAAUCUAUCCGUAGAUCCAAGCGUAAUCAGAAGACACCCCAGUUCCUCAACUUCAAGGGAAUCCUGAUGGAACAGAAAAAGAAUAUCUCACCAAUGAAGACUGCUGUGGUGUGCCUUACUAAAAUGGAUAUGAGCAGUGUGCUAUCCCCCACACAGAUGCUGAAAACACCUCACAAUACGACUGAAACUAACCAGUCGCCCCCCAAACUGGGCCACAACCGUCGUUCAGUGGUAGAGAUUCAAGAGAGCCCAGAAUCCACUUGUGACAGCGAGAAGAGCCACAAAAGACUUAGAAACGACAGCCUAUCUGACUCCGGUCCAAAUUCCAAAUAUCCUAGACUAGAUAAUAUUGUGCCCAAAGCCCGGUUGUCUCUUUUCAACUCUGAUAGACUUAAGGAAAUCCUUUCUGCUAAGUCUUUCUAUGGGAAGACCAAUCCGGAGCUUAAUCCCAAUAUUACAGCUAAGAUAUCUAAUGCUAUUGAAGUCACAACCACCCAGCACCGCCGUCCACUCUCGCAGUCCCAUUCUAGCAGACGUAAGAGGCGUCCAGGCCAAAUCAAUUCUGGAGUCAGACAUAAGAUCAGGAAGCCUAAAAUCAAGAAUAAGAUUAUUAUCAGAGGGAAUACGUCUAUGAACACAACAGCAAAUACAACUGUACUGAACAACAGUACUAUGUCGAAUGUGAGCACAAAUGACUUGACUAUGAAAAGUCAGAACUCUUCACAAGACCUUGGUAUUGACCGAGCUGACCCAUUUGACUCGGAGAAGCAAACAAUUGAAGCUCUCCUCAGCCAGUGGACGGAAGAGGAAGUUCCAGAAUCAGAGCUUUCAUACUCCAAGCCAAGACAAGAAGUGCCUUGUUUCAACAGCACGGUCAUUGAAGAGACUAACUCAAUUUUUGAGCCGGUUACCGCAGUUCCAGUCCCCGUACAAAGCAUACCACAGGAUGGAGAAGCAGUUAUUGUGGAAUUGGGAACACAAAACCACGUCACAUUGGCACCAAGUGCUGCUAAAUUGGCACAAAGUGAAACCUCUCACAACGAAGUGAAUGACGUGGUUAUGUCAGAACCUGGACACUCAGCAAACCACGGAGACAUGACGAAGAAUGGACAGUUCCUGCCUGUGGAAGAAGGCUACAUAUUUGUCGCUGAAAAUGGAGGACCAGUUCAAGAAGAACUGCCCGACUUGGACGAAAUUGAGCGCGAGCUGAAGAUGCUUGACGAGCAAAUCCUCAAGAUGGCGGAGUCCAACAAUAUCAACCCGCAAGCCGUGAUCGCGUCUACCGAGACUCUGGCCGUACCCGCUGUCACCGAUGCCACGACAACGAUGCCAGUUGACGAAACUGUGAAAGAAGACAAGUCAACGAAAUUGUUCCCGAUCUUCAGCAAUCCCAACCCUGGGACUAGUACGCCCACUGGUAAAGGAUCGGACAAAAAUAACAAGAAACGUCUACCGAAAACCACCAGCGACCAAUACGUCAUCGACGCGGGACAGAAGAAGUUUGGCGCCACUCAGUGCAAGGAAUGCGGUGCCAUUUACCAGAUUGGAGAUCCACAGGAUGAGCACGACCAUUUGGUUCAUCAUAACUCGACUGAUGUUCUUAAGUUUAACGGUUGGAAAGAAGAAUACGUAGUGGAACGCACUCCUACUGGGCGGUGCAUCCGGGUGCGUGGCGGAGACUCGGGCUGGCGCAAAGUGGAGACACUUCUGGCACGCGUGGUGCAUCCACAAUUAGGCUACGGGGCCGACUUGCCCCGGGAGAAACUGCACGCCUACACUGCAUAUCUGUACAUAGAAAAGAAGCAGAUUGUUGGCUGCUUAGUUGUCGAGCCCAAGAUGAAAGCCUACAAGUUCAUCCCGGGAGAUCCCGACUGCUGCAGCGUAGAGGAGUACCCCGUCAAAUGCGGCGUGUCCCGUAUCUGGACGCACAUGCAGUACCGGCGGCGCGGGCUUGCUCGGGCGCUGCUAGACUGCGCGCGCGCGUCCUUUCUCCACGGCGCCGCGCUGCAGCCGCAACAGCUGGCUUUCAGCGCGCCCACGGCCGCCGGUAAGGGACUUGCUGCUAAGUACUGCGGGACUGACAACUUUUAUGUUUACCUCGACUGA